AUGGCGGAUGAGGAGAAGAAAGACCGGGAGAGUUCUAGACUGGUGUUUGAUGAAGGGGACAAUGAUAACAAGAAUGGAAAACAAAAGGGGAAAGACCAAAUAUCUAGAAAAAAUGGGGGUAGAGCAUUAGUGUUGGAUGAAUUGAUGAGAGAACAAGAGAAGGCGCAAGAGAGGAAUAACAUGAAAGAUUAUUGGUUGUGGAAGGGGAUUAUUGUGAGAAUUAUGAGUAAAGCCUUAGCGAAAAAAGGGUACUAUAAGCAAAAUGGUGUCGUGCUGAAGGUAAUUGAUAAGUACGUUUACGAGAUUAAGAUGCUUGAGAGUAAGCAUUUACUGAGGGUUAAUCAGGAGGAGCUCAAGACAGUGAUUCUGCGAAUUAGGGGCCUUAUGAAGCUAAAUUUCUGA